AUGGCCUCUUCAGCAAUCCCAGCAGCCGACCUCCAGUCCUUCACAACAUACCUGAAAGGAUGCAAGCGAAUCAUGGCCCUCCUGGGGGCAGGAAUCUCAGCCUCAUCUGGCCUUCCCACCUUCAGAGGUGCAGGAGGACUCUGGCGAUCCUACGAUGCGACGGAUUUGGCGACGCCUGAAGCUUUCAAGGACAAUCCGGACCUGGUGUGGCAGUUUUAUGGGUUUAGGAGGCAUAUGGCUCUCAAGGCGAAGCCAAAUCGCGCGCAUUACGCAUUGGCUGAUCUGGCGAGGAAGAAUAAGGACUUUAUUACUCUGUCGCAGAAUGUUGAUGGACUAUCGCAACGCGCGAACCAUCCCCCGGAACAGCUACAUCUCCUCCACGGCUCCCUCUUUACGAUAAAAUGCACCUCCUUCUACUGCAACUACGUCUCCGAGAACGACUUCACAGACCCCGUCGUCCCCGCCCUCGCAAUCCCCCAAAACAGGCCAGAACCCAUCCCUUCUACAGAAGACAAGACCGGCAAAGAAGCAGCCCAAGCAUUACAAAACGCUCUGGGCCUCGAAGACUCCGACGACCUCGACAUCUCCGACGAACAAGUCCCACUCCCCGCAUUACCAAUCGAAGUCCUCCCGCACUGCCCGAAAUGCAAAGAAGGCCUCCUCCGCCCGGGCGUGGUAUGGUUUGGCGAACCUUUGCCGACGCAAGCUCUCGGCGAGGUGGAUGGGUUUCUUAAGGCGGGGCCUGUCGAUCUCAUUCUGGUUAUUGGGACUAGCUCGAAGGUUUAUCCGGCGGCGGGGUAUGUGGAUGAGGCUCGGGCGAAGGGGGCUAGGGUCGCGGUUGUUAAUAUGGAUAGUAAUGAUGUUGGGAGGUCGGGGCUGAAGAAGGGUGAUUGGCUUUUUCAGGGGGAUGCAGGUGUUAUUGUCCCGGAGAUUUUGGGGUUUAUGGAUAGCGUUGAAUCGGCGCAGUGA